GAAUGUUUUUUCAUAAAUUUAAAACAUAUAUAAUUUAGAAUUAUACUUUCAAUAAAAAAUUCUUUUCAAUAUUUUUUUAAUUUAAAUAUAUCAGGAAAUAUCUUUUACAAAACUUUUAUUAGAAACAAGAAUUUAAUUUUAUUAAAAUGGUUUUAUAUGAACUAUUAUGUAUUACAAAAGCAGAUUUAAAAAUAAAAAGCUUACGUGAACUUGCCAAAACAUCAGGAAGCACUAUAAUAAAUAAAGGAGGAAUAAUUAGGGGGUUCGAGGAUUGGGGUAAUUUAAUUUUACCAAAAAAAAAAAAAAAACACCAACAAAUACAUCAUGAAGGACGUCACUGGACUAUGUUGUUUGAUUCAAAUCCACAAGCUCAACUCGAAAUAAAUAAAAUAUUAAGAUUAGAUCCAAGAGUAAUCAAUUACUCUAUUAUUAAACUAGGAAGCAAACUUCAUGAAAUCUCGGAAAAAUCAAAUUAAAU